AGUGUUUGAACAUGUCGCUCUGAAAAAGAGGACGGGAAAUAGCAACAUCGAUACACAAAACACUGACUAUUUCAGCGAAAAGCUCGCCACAUCGGCGCUGUUGAAGUUCACUCACAGCGACCAGGUUGAUAAUAGAGGGCUAUACCAACUCUGGCGUGGGGGAGGGGCUUACCUGAAUUCAAAUUGUAUUCACUGGAAAAACUAGAGCUACAAGCUCGUUUAUGAGGUUACAAUUGAAAAUAUUUUUCAAUUUUAAUUCAAAUAUCUCUGAUGGCACAAUUCAAUUUGCUGUCCAUAUUAGAUGAAUUGCCAAACCGAAUUGAACUGAACAGUUUGUAUUUUGCGAUUGGUAUAUUCCUCGUUCCGCAGCGCCUCCCCCGUUCUGUGCAAGACAGACCCGUUCAGACACUGAGGGAGAUGAGAGAUGAGAUGUGGAGUGGCUGCUAACAGCUCUCGUGUGAAGAGCAGAAAGGACACAUUCACGACGAGACGGUUGGAGCGAGUGACUGGAGCACUAGAGCCCUGCUGCACAUCCCACUGACGAGACCUGAAGACUGUCUUAUCUUGGUGAAAGCCAAGGAACAAAGAUGGAGUCUGUUUACAUUAAACAGGAGGAAGUUCUGGAAUUGGAUCUUUUCCACAUCAAAGAAGAGACUGAACUGGAUCCUUUCCAAAUUAAAAAAGAAACUGAACUGGAGCUUCUCCACAUUAAAGAAGAAGAGGCUGAAGUGGAGCCUGUCGACAUUAAAGAAGGGGAGUCUAUUGACUUGUUUAAGGAUUCAGAAAGCAUAUCCCGGCCAAAGAUAUCCCAUCACUGUACUGACUGUGGGAAGAGCUUCAGUCGGUCAGCAAACCUAAAAUCACACCAGCGAACUCACACUGGAGAGAAGCCGCAUCACUGUAUUGUAUGUGGGGAGAGUUUCAGUCAGUUAGGCACUCUAAAAAGACACCAGCGAAUUCACACUGGAGAGAAGCCACAUCGCUGUACUGAAUGUGGAGAGAGCUUCAGUCAGUUAGGAAGUCUUAAAAGACACCAGCGAAUUCACACUAGAGAGAAGCCGCAUCACUGUUCUGAAUGUGGGAAGCAUUUCAGUCAUAUAGAAAGCCUAAAAAUACACCAGCGAAUGCACACAGGAGAGAAGCCGUAUCUCUGUUCUGAAUGUGGGGAGAGUUUCAGUGUGUCAGCAAACCUAACCAUACACCAGCGAAUUCACACUGGAGAGAAGCCGUACCGCUGUACUGAAUGUGGGAAUAGUUUCAGUCAGCUAGGAAGCCUAAAAAUACACCGCCGAAUGCACACUGGAGAGAAACCGUAUCAAUGUACUGAAUGUGGGGAGAGUUUCAGUGUGUCAGCAAACCUAACCAUACACCGGCGAAUUCACACUGGAGAGAAGCCAUAUCACUGUAUUAAAUGUGGGAAGAGUUUCAGUCAGUUAGGAAGCCUAAAAAUACACCAGCGAAUGCACUCUGGAGAGAAGCCGUAUCACUGUACUGAAUGUGGGGAGAGUUUCAGUGUGUCGGCAAACCUAAACAUACACCGGCGAAUUCACACUGGAGAGAAGCCGUAUCACUGUAAUGAUUGUAGGGAGAGCUUUAGUCAGUUAGGAAGCCUAAAAACGCAUCAGCGAAUUCACACUGGAGAAUAGCCAUAUCACUGUUUUGAAUGUAGGGAGAGCUUCAGUCACUUAAGAAGCCUAAAAAUACACCAGCAAAUUCAUGCUGGAGAGAAGCCGUAUCACUACAAAUUGUUGCAAGUCAUUUGCUUUCACCAGUCAACUGAAAAAGCAUAAAUACUAGUUUUUAAAAUGCAGUUGAAACUGAUAUAAAUCAACAUUCAAAGCAGCAUUACAAUGGUCCUUGUUUUUGGUCCAUCCAGUCCAGGUCUUUGUUUCAACCAGAUUGUAAAUGAAUGAAUCAACCUUCUUCUAAAUCAUUCAGGACCUCAUUGGAAGUGAGGGCCACUGCUCUAUAGGAAUCAACACUGAGUGCCAUGCUCCAGUGAUAUAUAUUUUUUUUUAAAGAAACCCAUUUCUUUGCCAACCUAAGAUGAUUUAAUUAUGCUUUAGUCUACAUGUGAGAAUGAGUGUGUGCCAAAGCAGCUGUCUCAUGUGCUUGUAUUUUAAUCCUCAUCCUAGUAUGUUGAUUUUUUUAAGUGUGAAAAAUAGUAAACUAUGUAAUUAUUGUGUUUUUUUGUUGUUGAUUUGUACUCUUACCUUCAUUAUUAACACAUACAUAUUUGUAUUAUCUUUUAAAGCAGUUGUAUCUUAAGAACAAAACUAGCUAACAGUUGUAAUAAUAAUUGUUGUUAUUAUUAACAUGUUUAAUUAAUCAUUUUUUCUAUAUAUGACUGGCAUUAUUUUAAAAAAAUAGUUUUGUUCAUUUUUUUUUUUAAAUAUAUAACAUAAAUGUGCACAUUUUCUUGCUAAAUCAAAGAAUUCAGGGAUUAUUUGACCUGGCGGGUAUUUCCUUUCAUUGUCAACAGACUAUGCUUAGACACGGAUGAAUUUCAAACCCUGCGUAUGGGCUGUUUGUAAAAGUCUUCUUACAUAGAUUUAGAUGGACAGCAUUUUUUUUGUUUUCUUUACUGUGUUUUUGUUUUCAGUGUUUUUGAGUAAACUUAGUCAAUCUACAGAUUGUGAUGGUUCAUUUUCAUUAGGCAGGUCUGUGUUGUUUCCUAUCGUUACCGGUGUUAAGGCAGGGCCCACAGGCUCAUCGGUAACUGGCAUUGCUUUACUAAACUCAUUCUCAAGGAAUUUGGGUUCCAAAUCAAAGCAACAAUAGAAAUCGGAAAUUAUUUCAGACAUUUUAAAAAAGUUGUUAUAAAACAACUUUAAAACAGUAUUGUUUGAAUACCGAAGCGCAGCUCCGUGCUGGAUUGGAAUGGAAGCAAAGACACAUUGGAAACAGUCCCGGUAAGCAUGUUAUGACACUCGUGUUAUUCCACUCGAGUGGGAUAACAAACAUGUAUCCCAGAUAUCACCAGGCUUAUGGUAUAAGUAUGAAAUAAGGCCUGACAGGGUGUCCAUAUACAUCGAAUAGACGGACGCCUCGGGGCGUUGUGCAUGAGACGAAGUUGAGUGCCUCCAACCUCAGAGAAGUCUGGAUAUUAGAGCAGAGUUGUAACGAAUCACCAAACUUGGGACGCGAGUCGAGUUGAGUCACUAAACUGCUCGAUUCGAGUCAAGUCUUUGACAAGCCAAGCUUGAGUCGAGUCACUAAACUGCUCGAGUCGAGUCUUUGACAAGCCGAGCUCGAGUCGAGUCACUAAACUGCUCAAGUCAAGUCUUUGACAAGCCGAGCUCGAGUCGAGUCGAGUCACUUCGAGUCAUUAAUUCUGACCAGUGCUUAAUUUGUAAAGAAAGAGGGGCCGGGGCACCAGCAAUGACAAUAAUACUGUCCUUAAGAAGCGCACAUAUGUACUAGUGUUACAUGUUUACAAUCACGUAUUCUACAUCAUAUACAAAGUAGUAGUGGUGCAGAAAAAAUAGAGGCAACUGCAGGACAAAUAAUAAAUACAAAAAAAAAAAACCCUGUAUACACAUUUUCUUAUGGUUUUGCAUUUAAAUGGUUUAAAAAAACAAAAGGCAUUCAGAGGACUCCAGGUGGACCCCAACAUGAACAUUGGUUUGACCCACGGUCUGCACUAUUAUCAGUGAUGUGUAUGCAACAGAAGCCACUGGUAGAUUACAAAAACUAUUAAUUAAACUUAGGCUAGGUAGUUGUUAUAUUGGUAUGUUUUUAUUCUCUAUUAAUUAAAUUAUAUUCAUUGGAAUAGGCAAGAGAGAACCAGAUCGUUAUUUUUUAUUGAUGUUAGCCUUUUUAGCGGAAUUUGGGUGGGUGGGGUGCCCUUAAUUGCUGCCUAUCAUUACCUCCUAUUUAAACCCUGACAACACACACCUUCCCUGUCUAGUGUUUUUUGUUUUAGAGACAUUCAAAAUGCAAUAGGAAUCUACCUAUUCAACCAACUGCAUCCGAAUAACACUUACCUAUUGAAUAAUGCCAAAAUAUCAUCGCAUUGCUUCCUCGUCCGAUUCGGAGGACUGCGAACAACUGAUCUUUGAUUAUUUCCGUGGCAAUGACGGUCCUCGUCCAUCAGUCUCUUUCUCGUCAGCUUCUAGUUUCCUGUUAGGGUAGAUACCACAGAAUGGAAUUGCACACAAGAGUGGCAUGUAGCUUCCUUGUCUAAAUCUCUGAUCUAUGAUAAAUUGUAGUUCCUCGUUUAAUUAAAAAUAAAGGAAUUAUUUAUUUGGUAGAAAUGAAUAAAUGAUUUAAAUAAAUGCAUAGAGGAAUAAAUACAUUUAGAAAUAAAUAUUUUUAAAUAAAUAAAUGUAGAAAUGAAUACAUGUUUAUAUUAUAAAUGUAUAAAUAAAUUAAUAAAUAGCAAGCUAGAAAACUACAUGUCAUUUUAAUUGAUUUGGCUGAUGCGUUUAUGCACAGCAAUUGAUAUUUAUAUACCUAUAUAAAAAGUACAAGUUUCAUUAAAAAAAAAAAAAAAAAAUUGCAAGUUGCCUAAAAUUAAUAGCGCAUCAAAGAAAGUCACCGAGGUUGAAACAUUUAAUGGUAGCUACUGAGUCAACAUUUACAUUGUAAUGUUUAAAACAAUCUUUUAAAAUGUAACAAACAAGGGUCAUUUAAAUGAACAUAAGAACAUAAGAAAGUUUACAAACGAGAGGAGGCCAUUCAGCCCAUCUUCCUCGUUUGGUUGUUAGUAGCUUAUUGAUCCCAGAAUCUCAUCAAGCAGCUUCUUGAAGGAUCCCAGGGUGUCAGCUUCAACAACAUUACUGGGGAGUUGGUUCCAGACCCUCACAAUUCUCUGUGUAAAAAAGUGCCUCCUAUUUUCUGUUCUGAAUGCCCCUUUAUCUAAUCUCCAUUUGUGACCCCUGGUCCUUGUUUCUUUUUUCAGGUCAAAAAAGUCCCCCGGGUUGACAUUGUCUAUACCUUUUAGGAUUUUGAAUGUUUGAAUCAGAUCGCCGCGUAGUCUUCUUUGUUCAAGACUGAAUAGAUUCAGUUCUUUGAGCCUGUCCGCAUACGACAUGCCUUUCAAACCCGGGAUAAUUCUGGUUGCUUUUCUUUGCACUCUUUCUAGAGCAGCAAUAUCCUUUUUGUAACAAGGUGACCAGAACUGAACACAAUAUUCUAGGUGAGGUCUUACUAAUGAAUUGUAGAGUUUUAACAUUACUUCCCUUGAUUUAAAUUCAACACUUCUCACAAUAUAUCCGAGCAUCUUGUUAGCCUUUUUUAUAGCUUCCCCACAUUGUCUAGAUGGAGACAUUUCUGAGUCAACAUAAACUCCUAGGUCUUUUUCAUAGUUCCCUUCUUCAAUUUCACUAUCUCCCAUAUGAUAUUUAUAAUGCACAUUUUUAUUGCCCUCAUGCAAUACUUUACACUUUUCUCUAUUAAAUUUAAUUUGCCAUGUGUCUGCCCAUUUCUGAAUGCUGUCUAGAUCAUUUUGAAUGACCUUUGCUGCUGCAACAGUGUUUGCCACUCCUAUUUUUGUGUCGUCUGCAAAUUUAACGAGUUUGCUUACUAUACCAGAAUCUAAAUCAUUAAUGUAGAUUAGGAAUAGCAGAGGACCUAAUACUGAUCCCUGUGGUACACCACUGGUUACCUCACUGCAUUUUGAGGUUUCUCCUCUAAUCAGUACAUUCUGUUUUCUACAUGUUAACCACUCCCUAAUCCAUGUGCAUGCAUUUCCUUGAAUCCCUACUGCGUUCAGUUUGAGAAUUAAUCUUUUAUGCGGGACUUUGUCAAAAGCUUUCUGGAAAUCUAAAUAGACCAUGUCGUAUGCUUUGCAGUUAUCCAUUUUCAAUGUUGCAUCCUCAAAAAAGUCAAGUAGGUUAGUUAGACACGAUCUCCCUUUCCUAAAACCAUGCUGGCUGUCUCCCAGGAUAUUGUUACCAUAUAGGUAAUUUUUCAUUUUUGAUCUUAUUAUAGUUUCCAUAAGUUUACAUAUAAUAGAAGUCAGGCUUACUGGUCUGUAGUUACCUGGUUCGGUUUUGUCUCCCUUUUUGUGGAUCGGUAUUGUGUUUGCAAUUUUCCAGUCUGUCGGUACAACCCCUGUGUCAAGAGACUGUUGGGAGGAUCUCAUCUGGCCCAGGGGAUUUGUAUAUUUUAAGAGCUCCUAGUCCCUUUAACACUUCUGCCUCUGUUAUGCUAAAGUUAUUUAAAAUUGGAUAGGAACAUGUCGGGCAUGUUGUCUGUGUCCUCCUUUGUAAAAACCUGUGAAAAGUAAUCAUUUAAUAUAUUUGCUAUUUUUUUUUCUUCACCUUUGAUUUUGCCAUUUGUAUCUCUUAGACAUUUAACCUCCUCUUUGAAUGUUCUCUUGCUGUUAUAAUAUUGGAAAAAUAUUUUGGAAUUGGUUUUAGCCCCCUUAGCAAUAUUGAUUUCUAUCUCUCUCUUGGCCUUUCUAACUUCCUUUUUGACUUGUGUUUGCAGUUCCAAGUACUCUUUCUGUGUGCUUUGUUUUUGGUCCCUUUUAAACGCUCUGUAAAGUGCCUUUUUUCGCUGAAUAUUUUUUUUAAUUGAUCUAUUAAACCAUUUUGGCCAUUUUGUUUUAGAUUUAGAUUUGUCUACUUUUGGGAUGUAAUUGUUUUGUGCCUCUAGUACUACAUUUUUAAAAAACAGCCAUCCUUUUUCUGUGGAUGUUUUCUCUAUUUUACUCCAAUCUACUUCUGUUAGUGUCUGUUUCAUACCUUCAUAGUUUGCUUUUCUAAAAUUGUAAACCUUAGCUUUAGUCAUUACUUUUGGGGUUUUAAAAAAUAUUUCAAAUGAGACCAUGUUGUGGUCUGAGUUUGCCAAUGGCUCUCUGACCUCUGUUUUAGUUAUUCUUUCUUCAUUAUUUGAAAAGACUAAGUCAAGGCAUGCCUCCCUUCUAGUCGGUGCCUUGACAAAUUGCUGAAAAAAGUAACAAGCAGACAAAACUGAUUAAAACUAAACAAGUUUGAAUGACAAAUUCUUUAACGUUGUCGAGUUUUGUAAACAUUUAAAACUUGUAUACAGUAAUUAAAUGGACUGUGUUGUAUAGCGUUAUGCUGACUUUGAAAAACAAAAUGUUAAAAACGUUUUAGUGCAAGUGACAAAACCGUUUUCCUUUACACACACUAAAUUAUAUAUGACGCGCAUGCAUGCAUGCUCACUCACACACACAUACGCGGGCACACACAUACACACACACAUACACACACAUACGCGUGCACACGCGCACACACUCACACACACACACAAAAUUAUCUGGCCCGUGAGCAGAAAACUAGUUAUUUGUUGAAGGCCAGCAUGGGCAGCAGUGUGGAGUAAUGGUUAGGGCUCUAACCAUUACUCAGCCAGAAAUCACCAAUAUUUACAUUUUUCACGGUAGGCAUUCAAAUAUGUGAAAUCAUGAAUUUUCUGUGACCUUAUACAAAGAGACACUAGUAAUCUAGUGAUCACUAGAUCACUAGUGAUUACAGAGAGGGUGUCCCUCGCUGGGUACCUGCAGAGAAAUCAGUGGCCCAACGUGAUUUAAACCGUCAAACGCAAGGCUACUUAUUCAACGUAGAUACAUAAAGAGCGAAUAAGAAGCUGAGCGAUUGGCAUAUGUAGCAAGUGUAUUCACUGUUCUGCCCCAGUAAACCACGUUGGGUCAGGCUAAAUACAGGUGUAGCUUACAGAGGGGGUGCCCCUCGCCAGGUACCUACAGAGAAAUCAGCGGCCCAACGUGAUUUAACCCGUUAAAUGCAAGGUGCUACUUAUUCAACAUAGAUACAUAAAGAGCAAAUAAGAAGCUGAGCAAUUGGCAUAUGUGGGAAAUGUACUCGCUGUUCUGCCCCAGUACACCACGUUGGGCCAGGCUAAAUACAGGUGUAGCUUGCAGAGGGGGUGCCCCUCGCUGGGUAGAGAAAUCGGCAGCCCAACUUGAUUUAACCCGUUAAAUGCAAGGCUACUUAUUCAAAGUAGAUACAUAAAGAGCGAAUAAGAUGCUGAGCGAUUUGGCAUAUGUGGCAUAUUUAUCUGCUUUUCUUCCCCAGUAAACCACGUUGGGCCGGGCUAAAUAUAAGUGGGGCUUGCAGAGGGGUUGCCCCUUGUCAGCUACCGGCAGAGAAAUCGUUGGCCCAACGUGAUUUAACCAGUUAAAUUCAAGGCUACUUCUUCAACGUAGACAAAUACAUUUAUGCACUAAAAGCCAGCGAAUAAGAAGCUGAGUGAAUGAGAAGCUGGCGAAUAAGAAGCCAACUUCAGCCUCAUCUGUAAAACCACAGACGUGUGAAACGUUUGUAUGUAAAUGGAAUGUGUGUAUAGUAAAAAAAAGUGCUCUAUUCCUAAAUAGCAGUGUUUAUACCUCAUUAUACCUGGACUCUUGACCAGAGGGUUGUGGGUUCAAUCCUGGGUGAGGGACACUGCUGUUGUACCCUUGAGCAAGGUAUUUUACCUAGAUUCAGUAUAAACAACUGGAUAAAUUGGUAAUUGUAUGUAAACAUAAUGUGAUAUAAUUGUGACAUUUGUAAGUUGCCCUGGAUAAGGGUGUCUGCUGAAAAAUAAAUAAUAAUUUAAAUGCAAUCUGCUGAACUAUUUGCAUUUGACUUGGUAUUUGUAUAUUCAGAAAUAUAAGAAUUUGCAUUUGAAUUUCAAAUCCUGGGAAAGCUUAAAAAAUAUUUCCAUUUUAAACACUUCAAUAAUAAUGCUUAUAAUAAAGUAGAGAGACUUCAGUAUUGCUGGUAAAGUUGAUUAACCUGAAAGAUGCAAACUAAAGGACACUUUUGAGAACUUCAUGUUUAUUAAACAUAACAAACAAAACAAGUAAAAAGUAAUAAUUGUGCAAUGCACACAUAUAUUAAUAUAUACAUAUAUCUCAUCAUUUAUGUCAGUUUUUCACAAACCUGGUCCUGCGGGCCCACUGUGUCUGCUGUUUGUGUUCCACUUGAGUUCUCAAUUAUUAAAUUGAUUCCCCAAUUGAACAAACAAUUAGUGACUAAUGCAAUGUUAGAAAUAACUUGAAAUAUCCAGUUAUUUGGCUGCUUUCACAAACCCUGAUCAACACUAAUCUUGGACUACCUUACCUGAGUUAACCCUUUGCAGUCCAUUUAUUAAGUGUGUGUCAAGCGCGUCAGGUCCAAUUUAUUUUCACACGCGCAGUUAAUUUUAGACCGUUUAAAAGUAUUUUUUUCCACAGUCAAACGGGUUUAAAAGGCCCUGCAUAUCAACAAAGCACUCACUAGGCAUCUCCAGCCCCACCCCACCCUUUCUUCCGCUAUAGCUUUCAUAUAUGCUAAGAAAUAAAUAAUAAUAAUAAUAAUAAUAAUAAUAAUAAGUCGUACAUACCGAUCGAUCAUCUCCUGAUCACUCGUUUUAUCACCAAACUCCUCAAUAAUGCGAUCCAAGUCAUUAUUUUAUUACUAUAACAUCUCAAAAAAGCUCUGCAAAUGUCCGUGUUAUUCUCUGUGCGCUGAUUCAGUAAUAGAAUAAUUACUAACCAAUUAAACCCCUCGGCCACGAUAUAAAAGCCUGCAGCUCGCUGCACUCUGGGUUGGUGUUAGAGCGAGCAGAGAGACAGAGAGCGAAAACGAAACUAAAAGAAAACCUUAAAGGAUCAAAGGGUUUGUGUUCGUGAUUUUGUUCUGUUUAACCUUUUUAUUUUCGCUCUGUGAGCAAGUUUCUUUUUUGUUUAAACUUUUGAUUUAUUUUGUUAUUUAAAAAUAAAACGGCGCAAGCGCCUUUAACUGCAGCACUCCCUGGUGUCAGUUUCCCUUCCUGCUUCUGCCGUAACGUCACCGUCCAGUCAUCCAGCCACACGUGGUGUCCAGCGUGGGAUCACCAGCGCCUCCUGGACUCUUUUUCGUUUUUUCGUUUUUUAUUAGUACUUGUGGAGAAAGAAGAGUGAGGAAGGAGGAUGGGAGGAAGAAAGAGGAUGAGAAGGAGACAGCAGCCGCUGCAGCAGCAACAGCCGCAGCAAGUCUGCCUUACCUGCCUGUGGGGGGAGGAGUGGUGCUUUAAUUGUGGGGAGCCAUGGCACAUUUCUCCUGGCACCUUCCCCAUAUGGCAGGAGGAAGAAAUGCAGACAGAGGUGAGGAGAAGGCAGAGAGGAAGGAAGGAACGAGAGGAAGAGGAGUGGUGCACCAGGUGCAUGCAGUACGGGCAUGAGGAGCACCACUGCCUGGAGGUCUUCCAGGACACAGACCUGGAGUGGGAGGAGCCCGACCGUCCUGCGUGGGAAGAGCCCGAAUGUCCACAGCCCAAGAGGGGGGAGUCAGUGCAUCCACAGCCCAAGAGGGGGGAGUCAGUGCGUCCACAGCCCAAGAGGGGGGAGUCAGUGCGUCCACAGCCCAAGAGGGGGGAGUCGGUGCGUCCACAGCCCAAGAGGGGGAAGGCCGAACAUCCACAGCCCAGGUAUCCGCCAGCAGAGGGAGAAUACCUGCUGGUUCCACCUCCGCCACCCUGGGAGGACUGUGUGUCGCUCCCACCUCCGCCAGCAGAGGGUGAGUUCCUGCUGGUUCCACCUCCACUGCCCUGGGAGGACUGUGUUUCGCUCCCACGUCCACCAGCAUAGGGAGAGUUCCUGCUGGUUCCACCUCCAUCGCCCUGGGAGGACUGUGUGUCGCUCCCACCUCCGCCAGCAGAGGGAGACUACCUGCUGGUUCCAUCUCCACCGCCGUGGGAGGACUGCGGGUCGCUCCCACCUCCACCAGCAGAGGAAGAGUACCAGCUGGUUCCACCUCCAUCGCAGUAGGAGGACUGCGGGUCGCUCCCACCUCCACCAGCAGAGGGAGCAUGCCUGCUGGUUCCGCCUCCAUCGCCGCCACCAGCAGAGGGAGCAUGCCUGCUGGUUCCACCUACAUCGCCGCCACCAGCAGAGGGAGCAUGCCUGCUGGUUCCGCCUCCAUCGCCGCCACCAGCAGAGGGAGCAUGCCUGCUGGUUUCCCCUCUGUAGCCAGAAGGGGAGGAGCCCCUGCCGCCUUCGCAGCCAGAAGGGGAGGAGUCCCUGCCGCCUUCGCAGUCAGAAGGGGAGGAGCCCCUUCCCCCUUCGCAGUCAGAAGGGGAGGAGCCCCUUCCCCCUUCGCAGUCAGAAGAGGAGGAGCCCCUGCCGCCAGAAGGGGAGGAGCCCCUGCCGCCUUCGCAGCCAGAAGGGGAGGAGUCCCUGCCGCCUUCGCAGUCAGAAGGGGAGGAGCCCCUUCCCCCUUCGCAGUCAGAAGAGGAGGAGCCCCUGCCGCCAGAAGGGGAGGAGCCCCUGCCACCUUUGCCAGGAGCAGAGCAGCAGGAGCUGCCUCUGCCUCCACCACCACCACCCGAGGGAGAGGAGCAGGAGCUGCCUCUCCCUUCACGACAGGACGGACCGGAACAGAAGGCUGGCGGUCCGCAGCUGCCCUUGCAUAGGCUGCUGA